AUGGCGACUAAGCAGCUGCAGGCUGCUCCAACGCCGACGAGGCCGAGAAGCACAAAUGGGGUUAUCAAUGGGACACAGGCUGGCACUGGUGAUACACGAAUAGUUGCGAUUGUCUAUGGACAAGGACAAGAGGAAAUCGUGUCAGUCUUCGCAGACGUGCUUGGGAAACCAUACCGAUUAGCCUCGGGCUUUUUAGCGGUUGGGAAUGAAGAUUAUGGCACUGUCAUAGGAAUUGCGGCCAGUAAUGCAAAGGUCGAUAUUGAAUCAAGGGAUGAAAGCCUUGUGGUAGCGAUCAAUUCACAUUGUGUGAACUUGGGAAUGCCUCCAGAUGUCGAUCUAUCUUCCGCCUCAGACUACGAAUUCUUAUACACAGAAUCCCCAUUUUUCCGGAGGGAUCUUUCGCGCUUUAUCGCUUUUACACUGGGUCAGAUCAGCCACCAUGAGACUCUCAUCACCAAACCGAGGACAUAUUUUAUAUCUACUACAUUUCCGGAUGUACGAACAGCGCUGUCGAAUUUGGAUAUUCUUUCAGUUGGGUCAGACGCGGUGGAAAUCCGUGUGGACCUUCUCAAAGAGCCAUUACCAGACGGCACAUUCAGCUCUAUCCCAAGUCUAAGUUAUGUUGGAGAACAAGUCAUGCUUCUCCGGCAGAGGACUGAACUCCCCAUCAUCUUCACGACCCGCUGCACCCGAGAAAAUGGACGAUUCCCCAUGGAUAAUCCGGAGCUCUACUAUCAAUACCUGUACCGGGCAAUACAAUGGGGUUGCGAAUACAUCGACGUCGAAAUUUGGCUUCCGGAAGAAAUCCGUCGCAAGCUUUUCGAAAAAAGAGGGAACAGCCGUAUCAUAUCUGCCUUUCACGAUUUUUCCGGCACCUUCAAGUGGCCGUCACCUCAGGCACAGUCAAUCUUUGAGGAAUCGCGAAAAUAUGGUGAUAUAGUUAAGAUGAUUACGAGUAUCAACUCCAUGUCCGAGAACUACGAACUCGAAUACUUCCGUUCCCAGAUCAAACUCAAUAACCCAGACGGUCCCCCUUUAUCAGCUGUUAACAUGGGCCAACUCGGACAGUUAUCUCGUGCUCUUAACACCGUCUUCUCACCCAUCACCCACCCUUUGCUACCUAUCGUCGCAGCGCCGGGCCAGAUGAGUGCCGCCGAGAUCAACGGCGCCCUCUCGACUAUGGGCCAGUUACCCAAGAAGAACAUAUACGCAAUCGGCAUACGUGCGACGCUCACCCGUGAUUUCGCCCCAUCCGCCUACAAAGAUCGCGCCGCGAUCAUCCUCUCCAGUUCCAGAGAAGAUGCCGCAUCUGCCAUCUUUGCUCUACGGAGUCUGAAUAUCGGGAAGAUCUACACGGUGGGGUUCAAAGCACACGGCCCGCUCGCCUUGGGCGUCGAGCCCUUCACGUCUAUUGAGAGCGUCCAGCGCGUCGACCAACCUUUCGUUAUCAUCUCAGCCCUGCCUCCCGGCAAAAGCCAUCUCGUCCAGCCUCUGCUCCGACAUUUUAGCACUGUCAAAAGGACAGGAGGCAGUAAUGGCGUCGGCAUGGGGAAGAUAUUCGUGGAUCUGGCAAAUGGACCCCGGAAGGGGGACCCGCUUGCCGUCGCGGAACAGAAUGGUUGGACGGCGUAUGGGUUCGCCGACACGAGUGCGUUCACGACAGUAGAGACGCUGCGGCUGCUAGUCGGGCAGAAUGUACCAUAUAGUUUUGUGCGGUUGGCCAGUGGGAGGGGCCUCUGUUGA